AUGGAGGCGUUAAGAAAAUCGCCAGCGCCACCUAUUAUCAACUCCUGCAACUCCCAUAACUUCCGCGCGGGCGAGAAUCCUCCAUCGGCGCGCCGCUUCCGCUCCGAACUCUAUCACAACGGAUUAGAGUCGACUGUCGCUCGAGGCGCGCUCCGACUUGCGUCGUCACGAACGCUGAAGCUACAUCUGCUCACGCCGCCCGCGUACAAGGUGGAACGGCUGACGAGCAGCGACUGCGGCGGUCGCCUGUGCCUGUUCGGUUCCCGGGGCGUGACCGUAGCCGAGCUGCCCAGCCGCUGGGGACGCGGCGGGCUCUUCGACUCGGGAAACAAGACCGUACUGUGCAAG